CUAAUGUAUUUACAACAACAAAAUAUACAUAGAUAUACACAUUGUAUACAUAAACUAUAAUUCUGUGCGUUGAACUGACGAUUUUAAUUUGCUUGCUGUUUGACGCUGCAUAUUAAAGUUUGGCUUAGGAGACAGAUUGACAAAGAAUUGUCAAGGACGAAUGUUAGCUGCAUAACAAGCCACUAUAAACUCAAGGAAAAUGUUCGAGGGUUUUGUUCAUCAAGUAUUAGUCGGUUACUUGGGCAAUUAUGUUAAGAACAUCCAGAAAGAUCAUUUUAGGAUCGGCUUAUGGAAAGGAGAGGUUUUCCUGGAGAAUGUAGAGUUGGUAUUGGAAGCAUUUGACUACCUCCAAUUACCAUUUGCAAUUAAGGAAGGGGUGAUUGGGAAACUGAGCAUUAAGAUUCCCUGGACAAAACUUGGUUGGGACCCAAUAAUGAUUGCUCUGGAAGAUGUAUUCAUAUGCACUUGCAAAAGAAGCGAUUCAGAGUGGGGUGCAGAGGCUGUGGAGGCUAGAGAAUGGGCUGGCAAGAGAGCAAACCUUGCAGCAGCAGAGCUUGCAAAGUUGUCAAGACGUGUUUGUGAUAAUCAAGCUGGCCAAUCUUUUAUAUCCCAACUCUCAGCAAAGAUUAUUGACAACAUUCAAGUAACAAUCAAGAACGUCCACAUUAGAUAUGUUGAUCAGAGUCCUGAUUCUAAGGUUUUUUUCUCAUUUGGAUUAAGAUUUUCUACUCUUACAGUAAUGACAAGUGAUGCCCGGGCUUCCUCUUCUUCUGCUAGAAAUUCUUCAGGGGUAAAGUUGAAGGGUGGUCAGGUACAUAAAAUAGUAGAGAUUCGUGAUAUGGGGCUUUAUUGGAAUUCAAGUGAAGAAUGCUCGAAUGAAGCAGCCAUGGAAGACAUGAGUGGAGAAGAUUUGUUUAGCAAUUUGUCUACAGAUACUGACAAAUUCAAUUAUGUUCUGAAACCAUUGAAUGCAACACUAUCUUUGAUGGUGAGCAAGUCUGGAAAAUUUGAAAGCGGUAGUCCUCAAUAUGCGGUUGCUUUAGAUCUCAAUGAUUUGGUUUUGGUAUUGGAUGAAGUCCAAAUCUAUCAAAUGUUGGUGCUCUGGGAUGCUGUUUCCAUCUGCAGAUUGCAAAAAAAGUAUGGCCGCUAUCGACCAUGUAGUUUAUCUGCUUUGCAGCGAACUGGGAUUGGAUGGCAAACACAUUGGUGGCGAUAUGCAAUAGAUGCAGUCUUAUCUGAUGUGCACAGAAAGCUGCAUCGUACUUCUUGGAGCUAUUUUGAAAUGCGUAUGGCUGCUAGAAGGAAAUAUAUCAGAUUAUAUAGAUUGAAAUUGGAACAUCUUCAGCAGGAUCAGCGUCUUGAUCACAAUAGUCUUCAUGAACUAGAGGAAAUGGAGAAAGAUCUUGAAAUGGAUGAGAUUCUAAACUACAGGUCUAUUGCAGAAAGUCACUUGCAGAUAAAGGAUAUGUCCCUCAAAGAAAAUGGUCUCCACUCAGAAUCAGAUGGCAGGGAUUUCGCGUUUGACAAACAUCAGAAUGAAGAGCAAGUACCUGUUAAGCCUCGAGGAUGGUUGAAUUGGUUAUCUCUUGGGAUGCUUGGGGCAGGGGGAACAACUGAUUCUAGUCAAUUUGCUGGGGUUUUCUCAGAUGAUAUUAUCAAGGACAUUUAUGAGGCGACAAUGUAUAAUCCAGUUUCAUCUUCCGAUAUUGGAAUUGUUUCAAAAGGCCAUGGCUACUUGUUGUCCAUAUCCAUUGACGCCCAAAAAGUUAUUAUGAAGUUGAAUAGCAUGAGUAAGAAGGCAACAAUGAUCUGUAUGACAAUAAAUGGGGCAAAUAUGAUUUCUAAUUUUUGGCAAGAUUCAGCAAAUUUCUGUAUCAUUUUCAAGUCAAUGAAGGUUGUUGAUCCUAUUACCAAUCAUCUUCCUUUCCCAUAUGUUCUAAGCGAUAAGGUAGAUGCAGAGUCCAGUGGCUUGACAGUAUCAGAAGCUUGCCUUGGCAACUCAUCUGUGGAAUUUCUAAAAAUAUUAAUUGAGAUACUCCCAAAAGGUUCUGACACUGAUUUGUCUGUUAGGGUUGUCAUUCAACCAUUUGAAUUUAUUUAUAAUGCGAUUUUGUUUGGGAAUAUAAUUGAUUUUCUUCAUAUGCCAACAUCCUUUCAAUCUCAUCUAGACCUGGUUCUUAGGUCUCUGAAUGAUUUUGAAAGUAUUGAAGCUCGGGUUUUAUCCAAGGCUGAGUACAUUUUUUCAAAUCGCAGAAGAGUAUCCAUCGAAGCAAAUUGUCAGAACGCAAAUUUUAUUUUUCCUUGGUAUCAUCCAAAUUGCGGUUGGUCAAAGAUGGUUUUUACUGUGGAAUCUAUGCAUUUUGGGUCAGUACUUACAGAACGUGCUACAAUGGACAAAGUUGAGCUUGAGAAAUUCUUUACCCGAGCUAAGAACUUGACCCUUGAUUCCAUUUUUGAGGAAGAAGAUUAUUUGAGGAUGCUUCAAACUUUCUAUGAUCGUUUGCAGAUACAAUUAUCUGGUAUUCAGGGUAAACUGGAAAGACCCAAGAUGUUAUCUGAUGUCUGUUUUAUCAAAUCUAAUGCAUCGGUAACAUUUGAUACAUGCAUUAUGCAAGAUGAGCCCACUAUGAAACAGCUGAAAGUGCAUGGAGAUUUGUCAUCAAUACAUAUCAUUCUUUCUUAUAGUAUAUUGAAAGCACUAAAGGACAUGACUAUCAAUCUGUCAUUCAAGCAUGUUGACUCUAAAAGUGAACACAUGGAGAAGUUUCCUGAAAUGAAAAGUAAUACAUGUCAUCACCAAAUACCUGAAGGUUCAGCAUUUGGCACUGACAACAUGUGUAAUAGUCAGUCACACAUUCCCUUGAAGACUGAAAUGCCUGCCUCAGAUAUGAACAAAAUUGUGCGAUUUCAACUGAUUACUCAAUUCAAGUCAGCAUUGAUUGAAUUAUCCUUUGAAGAUGGUGGUCAAAAUUACCAGGAAAAUCUCACAUUGCAUUCUCAGAUUGAAAACUUAAAUAUUGAAUUGGCUCAAGGAGCAUUAGGGCGCAGUUUCAGAACUGGCAUAGAGACAAUAAAGAUAGAUGGUCAUAAUUUGGCAGGGAAUCCAAUAUUAAGUGUGCUACGUAUGAAGAAAUUUAAAUCACCUGGGUCAACUAAUUUACAAACAGAUGACAAUCUUGAUUUUAAUUUGUCAAAUGCUUUUGGCCACAAAAAAGUAAAAGGUGGAUCAGAGGGAAAAUGCUUUUAUCUACUUUACUUUCAAAAGUGGCAAAAAGAUUUUCUGGAACCUGCAAUAAAAAUAUACUUAAACAAUUUAGUUUAUGAAUUCCAUCCAAUGGUAUUUGGAAGGUUACACAGGUUUUUCUCACUUAUUUCUAAAGAGCUUUCAUCAUUUGUCAUCAACACUGUGGAAAAUAUUCCAAUGCAGGAGGUGAGGAAGACAGAAAGAGUGGGAUCCAAAAUUAAAUACCCAAAUUCGGACAUGCCCAGUAUCAGGCUUGGGAAAUUUUCAGAUCCUUUGGAACAUUUGUUUGAACAUUUUCCUUUUGUUUCCUUUCAGCAUGCUGGAAUUUCUGAAGGCCCAGAUAAAGCAGGCCUGACUGAUCCAUCAAGUCACAUUGAAUAUGUAUCUGCGUUUCAUAAAUCUGGAGAGCUAGAGUAUACAUCUGCUUACACAGCUUUUUCAAGAAUGAAUAGAACAGUGAACUUAGGGACUACAGAUGUGAUGGAUAUAUGUGCUGAUUUUGAUAAAACUGAUUCUUGUGGUAAAUAUGAUUUUCAUGUUGAACUUGAAGUGAAUAGCAGUGAUAUUCAUUUUUGUGACUCUUCCUGUAUCUUGGCCACUGUUCAGAUAUGCAAAUCCAAGACUUCCAUUUUCCUUUCCGAGGAAACAGGUUCCUUUGAUCUGAUGGGCUGUUUUGAGGAUAUUAAAUUCUCAUCUCCUUGGGCACCUUCUCUUUAUGGUGACAUCCUGUGGGGACCCUUAGUUCACAGGCCAUACCCCAUUCUGAAUAUUCGAUUAUGUAAAAAUGUGCCAAUCACAGGAUAUCCCAAGCUGGAAUUGAGUGUAAGCAUUCAACACGUACGCUGCAUCUUACCCAGUGAUUUUUUAGCCAUGAUAAUUGGUUACUUUACUUCUGACUGGGAAACAAAAUUAGAAAAUGAUGGAAACUUAUUGGAAAGAAAAGAAGACUCAGAACUUGAAAGUACAGAGAUGCAUUUUCUGUACAAAGUGGAAUUUGUGGAUUCAGUUAUCAUUCUGCCAGUUGAAACAACUUGCAAUGAAUCACUUGAAAUUAUUUUGCCCCAGUUAUUUUUUUCGUAUCUUCCCAGCGAUACCAAUCCAACUGAUGGUGGAAAUAUGCACAAUGAUUGUGUUUCUGCACCAUAUUAUGAUGCCUUAAGAUUGGAUUCUAUUGAUAUUGCUGGCAGCCAGUUGUCAAUGUCAUUUUGUUCAAUGAACAUUGGUGAACAGGAAAUGCAGAGGAAUGAUGAAUGCCAUGUGAAUCUUGAUUUUCCACUGAUUGAAGGACUUGAUGCCACAUUGUCAAUGAGAAUUCCGUGCGAAGCACAAGGAUCAUGUGAACCUACAGUUACACCAACAAGCGUUGUGUUCAAUGCUCAAAACUUUGAGGCAAAUGCUGAAGAGGAAUCUUUUCUCAGGGCACUGCAAGCUGUAAAUAAUGUGGCCUUGGAACUCUCAUUUGUAGGCACAAAGUCUCGCUUGUUUGUGGCAAGUGUGGCUGAGUUCAUGGAAUCAAGAUCGGGGUUCAAGCAAUCAAAUGCAGGUGCCUCAGAAGUUUCUAAGGAAACUUCCAUAGACAUAAAAUGUUCCAUUUCAAAAUUUUCACUUAAGCUGCAAAGAUCCAGAGAAAAUUGUCCUGCUGUUUCAGAGCUGAUUGGAAAAGUAGAUGCAGAGAAAAUUAAAGUGUCAUGCUUCUUGAGAAACAAUUCUUUUGACAAUUUUUCUAUGGAUAUGUUCAGCUUACAUUUAGUAUCAGCCAUCAAUUCUUCAGCCCUUCUGCAAUGCUUUUCAACAGAUUCGUCUCAUCCAUGUAUUUGUAUAGAUAUAUGCACACUGCAUAUUGGGCAAUAUGGUGGUUCUGUUUCUGUACCUUGCACCAAUAUAUGGGUACACUUAAAUGCUUGGAAUGAAAUUGCUCUCUUUGUAUCUACAUGCAUAAAUUCGCAGGCAAGAACUAGACAAGAUGCUCCUCCACAGAGUUCAGAUGUAGGAUUCUUGGAUGCAGGGACCUUCAAGGAUGCAACUCAAUUGCAUAGGGAAAUGUUAGAUCCUAACACAAUAAGAUCUUCUGGGGCUCUUCACUUAAAGUCAGAAACUCUAAAUAUAUCUUUUCAUAUUCCAGAUUUUUCAUGCGAGGAUGAUGUUACAUUUCCUGCCAGAAAUAUUAGCAAUUUACAUCGUGAAGAUUCCUCUUUAAGAUUGGAUGUCAUUGAAACAAAUUAUGUUGGACCUGAAAGACAAUUCUAUAGAUUUAUAUUGCUCUCUCUCUCUGUAAUAUUUGAUGAACUGAUUGUUACUGACUUGGAUUGGAUGUUUAAGGCCAGGAUAGUGCAGAUAGAAGGAAAAACAGAGAUUAUCCAGAAAAGUUCAGCUUACCAUUUACCAUUUUUCCACGUUACUGAUAUUGGAUUGAAGGGGAAAAUAUCUCAAAAAGAUCUAGAGCCUCUGAAAUUAGUUCUUGAUAUCCAAGCAGAUAAAAUAGAUAUCUGGUCUUCUUAUCCUAUUCUUUGCUUUUGGCGUAACUUCAAUUUUGGGAACUCUGCAAAAGUGUCUUCUACAUCAUUAGAUUUCAAACUGGAUGUAUGUAUUGGUGUUCAGAAGGCUGCAUUUCUGUUAAGUGAUGGAAGGUGGAGUUGCAAUGCACCUAUCAUGGAAAUUUUUAUCAGGCAUAUAUCUGUCCGUGCAAUUUGGAAUGAUGGAAUCAUGGACACUUCCUUAUCAUUGGAGCUGCAAAUUAAUUAUCACAACAUUCACAAGGUUGCAUGGGAACCUUUCUUGGAGCCUUGGAACAUGCAGUGCCAAUUUGUUAGAAAACUUGGAUGUGACAACCUCUUAAGCACAACACCUGCAAUAAAUAUUGAUGUUAAAUCUUCAUCCAAGCUUAAUUUGAAUCUUACUGAAGCUCUAAUGCAGGCCUCUAUUCGAGGAUCUGAGAUUAUCAAGGAUGCAUGGGGUGGAACAAGGUGUGACGAUUGUCCUGCCAAUAAUCAGAAUGAUGAGUACAGUCCUCUCAGUAAUACACAUGUACGGAGAUAUGCACCCUAUUUCCUUCAAAAUGAUACUGGCAUGCCACUAAACUUCUGGUUGAUUCAUGGUCCUAUAUUUUCUGAGAGCAAUGAAACCUUGGAUGGAGCAGUGAUGAGUGCUGUUGAACCUGGGUUUACAGUGCCUUUGUUUGUUGAAGAAACUCCAGAAGAAUUGUUUCGGAGGUGGAAGCCCAACCAUUCUUCUGAAAGGCUUGCUGAUAGGAAAACCUCAGGCACACAUCAUCAUAUGAUCCGUGUUCAGCUUGAAGGAACUUCAAAAGCCUCCAUUCCAAUGUCAAUGGAUCUUGUAGGAUUGAGAUCAUUCGAAGUGGAUUUUUCUAAAAGCUCACACAAUGGAAAAUUCUCCGAGGAAAGAGAUUCUUUCACUAGUAUGCAAGAGGAGAAUGCUAAUAUCAUAGAUUCAACUUCAAAAUUCAUUUCACCUGUUGUAUUUGAGGUCUCAAUACAACGGUAUAGCAAGCUAGUCAGGCUAUACUCCACGGUCACACUUGUGAAUGCAACCUCUGUUUCUUUAGAAGUACGUUUUGACAUUCCAUUUGGAAUUGCCCCAAAGAUCAUGGAUCCUAUGUUACCAGGGCAAGAGUUGCCACUACCUGUGCAUCUAGCUGAAACAGGACGAAUGAGAUGGCGUCCCCUUGGUAGCAGUUAUCUUUGGAGUGAAGCACAGUCUCUUUCAAAUAUAUUAUCACAAGAGAACAAGCUCAGUUUACUGCGGUCUUUUGUUUGUUACCCUUCUCAUCCUAGCAAUGGCCCAUUUCGUUGCUGUAUAUCUGUUCAGGAGAAUACAGUUCCUUGUUAUGAUGGUAUAAAACAAUGUUCUUUCAAUGUCCAAGACCAAAGCAAUGGAAAACAUUUAAAUGGUAGUAGUCUUGCCGGAGGUACCAUUUCUCCAAAGAAAGUUAAUACUAGCUUAAUUCGUCAAAUCACAGUCACUGCCCCUUUAGUGAUAAAAAAUUGUCUUCCAGUACCACUUGAGUUUUCAAUUGAGAAUGGUGCAAGCAUUAUGGAGCACAUAUUUGUCUCAGAGGGAGAUGCUGUGUCCGUGUUUGACAUUGAUUUUGUUCAUGAGUUGGGCAUAGGAUUCCAAGUUGCAGGUUUCUCACCACUGCUUGUAAAGUUUGCUCGUGCAAUGGUAUAUACAUCAGAGCUUGGAAUGAGUAAUUCACUGUUGGAAAAAAUUGUAUCAACAGAAACAUUGAUUCUUACUUCAGAUUCAUCCAAGAGUCCUCCCGUUUUUGUUAAAGCUGAGAAGAGAGUGGAUCCUUUGUGUGGCUCUCGCGAGCUCUCUCUUUCUGUUCCAUUUUGGAUUUACAACUGCAGUGGUUUAAUCCUUGAACUUACAGAUGGUGACAUAGAUCAGAAAGUUGGUGAAAGAGUUCUUUAUCCGAGUUAUUCUUCUAUAAGACAGGAAGAAUUUACAAAUAAAACAUCUGGCAUAGGAAUUGCUUGUGUGGACUCACACAGGGUAGUAGGAGUUAAAGAUGGAAGGACAUUUGAGGAAGGAAUGUUCUGUCCAAAUCGCCAUGUACCUUGUAAAAUCGGGAGCCAUUUACCUAGUCGUGGAUUACUCUUAGGGCCUCACAGAUUUUUUGAGAACAAUAAUGUAAGGUUUUCAGGUGAUUCUUCAUUCAAGGGAACACAUGAAUGGCAAAGAAGGGGAAGUAACAUUUCAUUUUCUGACCUUAGUGAUGUUAAUGUAGAAGUGGGUGACAGAGAAACUGAUCAAAUCCCUAAGGUCAAGGCAUGUAUGCAUUCACCGUCAAAAGGUUUGGAAGUUACAGAGGCAACUCUCAGAUUAAGAAUGUUACAAUCAAUAUCUGCAGAAAAUAUGACUGAGGGAUCUAUCUGGUCAGAUGCAUUCUCCCUCAAUCCCCCUAGUGGUUCGUCUAUGGUGCUUAUUCCUCAGAUAUCUAGCCCAGGGGCUUUCAUUAUGUCAGUUAUAUCAACUCCAGUCUUAGGAGCUUGUGCAGGGAAGACAAUGUCUAUUACAUUACAGCCCAGAUAUGUGAUCAGCAAUGCAUGCAGCAGAGACUUAUUAUACAAGCAAAGGGGAACUAGGUCAUUUCAACGUUUGAGAAUUGGAGAGCACUUAAGUCUUCAUUGGACUAAUGUUAAGAGAGAGCUACUUGUAUCUAUCCGAUUCGACGAACCUGGCUGGGAUUGGUCUGGUAGCUUUCUUCCAGAUAAGCUUGGAGAUACCCAGGUAAAAAUGCGAAAUUAUGUGACUGGAGCAUUACAAAUGGUACGCAUUGAAGUGCAGAAUGCUAGUGUAGCAGUUGGAGAUGUCAAAGGUGUUAACAAUUCUGAUGGGAGUCUUGCGACAUACCUUGUUCUUCUCUCUGAUGAUGACACUGGUUUUAUGCCUUACAGAAUUGAUAACUUUUCCAUGGAGAGAUUGCGACUUUAUCAGCAGAAGUGUGAGAAGUUUGAAAAUGUUUUACAACCAUAUACAACAUGCUUCUAUGCUUGGGAUGAACCUUGCCAGCCACACCGAUUGACCAUAGAGGUUCCUGGCAAAGGUGCUCUUGGGUCCUAUGGACUUGAUGAUGUGAGAGAUUACACAUCAGUUCACUUAACAGAAACUCCUGAGAAAUCAGAGAGGAGGUUUUUCGUCUCAGUGCAUGCUGAGGGACCAAUAAAGGUACUCAGUGUUACAGAUGCAGAUACACAUACCGUUGAAAACUUAAAUGGGAAAGGCUUGUAUAGGUUUGCAGAGAAACACACAAGUGACCAGAAUGGAGAGAAUUGCACAGAAUUCAGUGCAAAAAUCACAGUCUGUUUGCCUUUCAUUGGACUUGCCAUGGUAGAUUCUAUUCCACAGGAACUAGCCUUUGCUUGUGUUAGAGGAAUCAAGCUCAAAAUAUUGCAGGGCUUACAUCAACAGAAGUUUAUUUUUCAAGUAGCAUCAUUUCAAAUUGAUAAUCAGCUUCCCCAUCCCAUAUAUCCUGUAAUGGUCUCUAUGGACAACACUUCUAUUGGAGCUUUUGUAAUCCAAGGGAAAAGUAAAGAAAAUACCAUUGAUUCUAUGGUUGAAGAAGACAUACAUGACCUUUCACAUGAGCCUGCAUUCUACUUGGUUGCAGUAAAAUGGCAACACAUGGCAACCUCUGUAAAUUGUUUUGAGUGUGUUACUGUAAGAUUUGCACCUUUACGUCUUGAAUUUGAAGACCAGAUGAUUUUUCGUUUGGUGGACUUCAUAAAAAGUGUCACUUGGAGAUUUUGGAGGGGAACCACCCAGGCACAAAACUUUGAGAUGUGGCCAGUAAAAUAUGGCAUGAGUCAAGUUACGGAUCAUUUUAUUGACCCUCAGAUUGUUGAAUUCGUUAAGAACCCACACUCAAGUCAGCUGCAUUUCUUAAAGGUUAUGAAAAUCAUGGAGAGUUACAGAAGUUGGCCAUCUCCUGUUGCAGUAAGGCCAAUUGGUGCUCCUUGGCAAAACAUUUCCCUCUUAGCAAGGAGGAGGAGGAAGAUAUAUAUUGAAAAUUUUCAUGUUGCACCUAUCAAGCUAACUGUAAGCUUUUCCAGCAGUCCUUGGUUGCCCAAAGAUGAUCAUAGAGCAGCAGCACAGUCGUUGAUUUGGAUCAACAGUACAACAUUACAGAGAGGUAUUAUGGCUCUUAUGGAUGUUGAGGGAGCUCCAAUUUAUUUUCGACAAUUAACCUUAGCUCAUCCACUAGCUAGUUGGGAUGCUAUUCAAGGCAUGGUCGUAAGGCAUUACAGUCGUCAACUAUUACAUGAAGUAUACAAGGUACUUGGUUCAGUAGGUGUCUUUGGUAAUCCAAUGGGGUUUGCAAGGAGCCUUGGAUUUGGUAUUAGAGAUUUUAUAUCCGUGCCUGCAAAAAGCAUUGUUCAGAAUCCAACUGGGCUUGUUACAAGCAUGGCUGAAGGGACCAAGAGUCUCCUCAAUAACACAGUUUUUGCAGUAAGCAAUGCUGCCACUCAAUUCAGUAAGGCGGCUCGUAAGGGAGUUGCUGCUUUUGCAUUUGAUGAAGAGUUUGUGGAAGAAAUGGAAAGACGUCAACAAGGUCAAGGCUAUCACAACCAAGGGGUGCUGAAUGAGUUUUUAGAGGGCUUGACAGGUCUUCUUCAGUCACCUAUAAGGGGAGCAGAAAAGCAUGGACUUCCAGGCAUUCUUUUAGGCGUAGUAGUUGGUGCAGCUGGAUUUGUUGCCCGACCUGUGGUUAGUAUCCUUGAUGUGUCAGGAAGAACUGCACAAAGUAUCAGAAAUCGUAGUAAUCCUCGUCAGCUGAAUCAUUUCCGAGUGCGAUUGCCAAGACCUGUUAUCAGAGAUUCUCCCUUGCGUCCUUACUCAUGGGAGGAGGCAGUUGGAACUGCAAUGCUGCAAGAAGUGGAAAGCAGUCGACUAAAUGAUGAGGUUUUUUUGACUUGCAUUGCCUUGGGACCACCUGGAAUGUUUGUUGUUGUAACUGAAAGACUUCUGUUGAAAGUAAAGAAUGCAAAUUUAGCCUCAGAAACAUCAUCUGAAAAUACAGCUCCAGCAGGACCUGAGUGGGAGAUCUACCUAGAGAUUGCUUUUAGUGACGUGAUACAUUUGAACAGAGAAGGGCAGUUACUUAAUGUUUUAGCAGGCACUCCAGAGACAUAUUUCAAGAAAACCAAGGACCCGAAAAUCUCAAAGCAAAAUUAUAGAGCACACUUUUUCCCUUUUACUCGACAAUCCAUAGAACUUCCAAAUGAUGAUGUUGCUGAAGAACUGCUACAUUUGCUCCAAUCACUACUAGAUGAACUGACAGAACAUCCUUCACUACGAAUCUUCAGACGACAUAAUUUGAGAUGAGUGACAGGUGAAGUUUGUAUUAACACCUAUAUAUAUAUGCACACACCAUGCAUUUUUAAAAUUUUGUACCUCUCUUGGAUGAUGAGAGCAAUGCCUGGCCUUGCUUUGGAGGUUGUAGCAUAAAUGUAACAAUAGAUGUACAAGGUGCAAUGUUUUGGACCCUGCUUUUGGAAGCAGGGUAAUAUUAGAUCACUUUGAUGAUCAUGAGAUUCUAAUUACCAACACAGUAAAGCCAUAUGCUUUGCAUUGUAAUUUUUUUGUAACAUUGAUUCUAUAGGGAAAGGUAUAACUAGCAAGCCAUAUGCUUUGCAUUGUAAAUUUUUUUGUGACAUUGGUUCCGUAGGGAAAGGUAUAGCAUAUGAGCUUUGAAUUCA